AUGGCUAAUUCUACUGACAAACGUGAGACGAUCAUGCCUGAUGUUUUAAAAACGAAUACGUCUGUGAAUGCAAGGGCACUUAGUUUUGUAAACCAUUUAUCUGGAUGUCUACUCGAAUUGAAAGCGUUUGACCUAUCAAAGAACACUCUAGUCCAGAUUCUGCAUACGAUUCUGAUUGGUACUGCAAAAUACUUAAUCAAUGAAUUAGUGAAAGAAAUUCUCAAGCCGUACCCUGGCAAACUGAAGAGACUGGCCAAUGGUCUGAAGGAACAUAAUAUCUUAACUGGCCUUUCUCGCAAGUUUACCCAACUCUUGAGACACUCUGGAUCUUUUCUUGGUAGAGAUUUUAAGAUGCUGCUACAGACUCUUUCUGUUGUUCUCCUUAGAGACUUUUCCAAUGAUAAGAUAAUUGACCCAAUUUUACAGGUUGAAUCUAAAUUUGAAAAGUACAUCGUCCAGGUUAAAUAUGCAGUGAACUCAUUGAUUGUCAAACUUCAUGAAUUUGAUAUGGCAAAUGUUGAAAACCCGAAGCAUUUGCCCUUAUCUACCAAGCUAAAGACCCACAGUAUGACUCAUUUGACAGAAGAUAUCAGACAGUUUGGACCUGUCCUGAACUUUGAGACAGAAAAAGACAAACAGUUUAACAAAGAUGUCUGCCACAAGUUUGCAAAGCAGAAGAUUAUGCAACAUAACUUUGCCAAUGGAUCAUGGAUUAACAGCAACAGACAAGGAGAGUAUUCUGGACCAGGAAUUGCAGAAUUUAUCAAAUCCAACUAUGAUAAAGAUAAAACUUUUUACAAUCUAUUUCUUAGAGAAUCUCAAGUACUCACAGACAACAAUGACACUAGCAACAUAACUACUUUAAAGGAUAAUUUCUUUUCUGCUUUUGUUAUUAAGAACAGUAUUGGCACAACUCUCAGCAUUGGACUGAUUUCUGACUCAAUGACUACUUUUCUUUGA